UUGUUCAGUUUUGUUUGGAUAGGCCAACGGGCUGCAGCAGAGAUGAGGCAAAUGCCCCGGCUCAUUGCCACAACUCCGAUGGAAGGGCGACAAUAGCCACUCUAAUUGCACCGUUCAAUUUGGGAGGAUAAAUCGGCGGCGUCAAAGACAUUGUCAGCAUGUCGCAUUUGCUGAGGCGCACCAAGAAGUCCUGUCUGAAGUUCCUGCGUAAGAUAUCGACUUCAAAGCAUCUGUUUGUGCAGCGGCUGGACGAGGAGGAUGGGUACGAUGACGAGGAGGUGGAGGUGGACUUGCAGCGAGAUCUGGAGUUGGAUGUGAACAGCAACUGCCAGGUCACGGAGGCUAUCUACGAGGAGCUGCAGCUCAGCGAGUGCAAUCCGGCCUUGGAUUUGGCCAAGGAAACGCAGGAGUCGCAGCCCGAAGUUAAGCACGACCUGAGGACCAAGUACUUGAUGAGCUACGGAAGCUACGAAGUUUUGGCCACCCUGCCAAUGAGCAUUGAAUUCGAGCGGGUGAACUACAAGGAAAAUGUCCGCUAUCUCCGGCACACGCCAUCUAAUUCCAGUCUGGACCUGCAGCUGGAGGAGCAGCAGCCGCCAAGGCAGUUGGAGCAGCAGCAACAUCCAACCCCUGUGAAGCAGCAACAGGCAACUCCAAGGAAACAACAAGUGCAGCAGAGGAUUCCCCCGGCCAACCGCUACCACCCCUGCAGCAUCAGUCUGGGCUCCAAGUUCGAGGGCAACUACCACAGCGUGGUGAUCAUGGAACCGCCGCACGACGACCUCCCCAUCGUCAAGUGGGACAUCAAUGGCAACUCCUUGGACGACGACUCCUGCGACCGCUGGGAGGACUUCGACAACAGGUGGCGCCAGGCAGCGGCGGCCACCAGAUCCCUCUCGCAGUCCCAGAAGUCCAGCCACCAGUCCAGCUCCUGCACCUUGGAGACCUGGGUGGACGACACGGAACCGCUGAGUCUGGACCUGCACAGGCACGACAAUGCGGCCGCCGGAAACAAUUGUAAUCUUUGCCUUAGGAGCUUCUGAGUCCGGAAACGGAAACUCAGCGGCUUUGUAACCUCCACUUUGCGUCCAGCGAUUGAGCACGAUAACCAGUCUUGUGAGAAUUACCUACGUAUAUAUGUAUUCGAGUAUUUGAAUCGGUAGACCGCAAUUUUCAUUAUAGAAAGUUGAGAAUAUCCAUUAACAAUAAAGUGUGUUUGUGUGCGGCGCUCCUUUGGCUCCAUACCUUGAGUAAUGCACUUCAGAA